CGGUAUAUGAGCGGGCACUAGUGAGCCAUCAAGUUCAAUUUCGUUUACCUGCGAUCUACGUGCGAUGCUUCGUGUAUCUCUAUGUCAUGCUUGUACUGCCAUCCUCUUGAGCGUCGCAUGCGCUUACGGCGCUCCGCUAAACAGGUUGCCAUACUUCUCAUACCCGCGAUUCUCAUUCGCUGCUGGCUGGGAUUCGAAAACAUGUCUUUCCAUCAGGAAACGACAAGACGGAUCCGUUAUAAACAGGGAGCUACCAGCUGGAAGACGAAAAGGUGACUCAGUCUGCCACACGAUUUCACGUACUUCCUGUCCAACUCGGUACGAUGCCUUUGGCGAAGCGGAAUCCUGGGAGCGAUCUGCGCUUUUUAACGGAAUGAAUGUGCAAAUAGAGUCCUCGGGCACCGUGAACUUUCCAGUGAGUCUGUACGGGCCGUAAUUGGAUGUGCCCACAUGCUUUUUGCCCUUGCCUUCGACCAUCUUCACGAUCUCGCGUCCCUACCUCCUGUUAGGAUCCUCUACUCACAGCAAGGGAGAUAUCCAUACGUGGUCGCUUUUGAAAAGUUCCAAUAUUUCUCUGUGUAUUGAAGUCAUGUCCUCUUGUGACAAGCCCUGGAAUCCAGGCACAGGGCUCGCCGUCCCUGGUGUGUUGUUUCGGGCCUUGUUUGACAGCUCAGGCUUGGCCGGGUGCACUUUGAAUUGGUCCAUGUAGGUUGAAAGUCGACACCUUCUCGCGACCAGUGUGCCUCGGAAGUCGCAUGGCGAGUGAAAGGCUGUUGGUGAUGACAAGGUGGCAACACAUCUACGUGGCGCAUACUCAAGCGGCCACUUUAGCUUCUUCUUCUCAUGUCCCACAUGGUUGUAGACGAU